UGGAGACCAGCCCUUUAUCUCCUCCUGUUUCACAUCUUUCAGGUGCUUGUUCCUUGCCCCAAAGGGAAACACACCAGUGAGAUCAGGAUUCGCUCUGAAUCCACAUCAGAUGUCACAACAGGAGUGAAUUGGGCAGUCAUAGGGCUCAUCUGGCUUCACGUUGUUCCAUAGCGGCGAACAGCAGAGGCUAACAGCGGGAGUUUGCCUGGGAGCUGUCCGAGAGGAGGUACGCUAAGUGCUGCAUUAGGGGGGCUGUGUUGGUGAGUAUCUGAGUGCCUGCUGCUGGGACAGUUGGUCAGUUUGACCGUGUGCUUGAUUCCUUGCUUGCUUGUUUGUUUGAAAAGUGUGAAUUGGGAGUGCUUUGUUCCAGGUGGGCCUUGAGUGGGCCUGACUGGUAUAUAAGGGCAGUCAGCAGCGAACCAGCUGAGCGGCGAACAGCAGAGGCUAACAGAGGGAGUUCGCUUGGGGAGAGCGCACUGAGGCUUUCAUCUGCAGGUUUCUCCGAGUAGUUCCUGCAACUGUUGAGGAAGCUCCUAAGAGGACGGUGAUAUGGAAGGUGAGCGAUCAGCUGUUGUAACCUGCACAGGUUGUGCCAUGUUUGUCUUUCUUCCACAGGACAGAAGCGACUUUGUCUGUACAAAGUGCAAGCUGGUCUCCAUGUUGGAAGAGAAGGUUCGAGGGCUGGAGAAACGAGUGUCGACUCUGCGUUGCAUAAGGGAAAAUGAAGAUUUCCUGGACAGACGUCAGGAGAUGCUUCUACGGCCACAAUGUUCUGAAGAUUCAGAGCAGGCGCAGCAGGGACAGAAGGAUUGUGAGGAGGUUUGGCAGCAUGUGACCUCCAGAAGGAGAAAGAGGAGCGUCCAUGCACCAGCAAUGGAGAUACAGGUGAGGAAUCGUUUCCAUGUUCUCUCUACAGGUACUAAUGCGGAGAGUGGACUAGAUGACCCAUCUGAGGGAAGAGAGCAGAAGGAGACUCCACCGAUUGGAAGGCAAAAGAUGCACUGUCCUAGGGAUGGGGGUUCCACGACCACCACUCCCAAGAGGAGGAGGAGGGUGGUGGUGGUCGGGGACUCCCUCCUCAGGGGGACUGAGUCAUCUAUCUGCCGCCCCGACCAGGAAAACCGAGAGGUCUGCUGCUUGCCAGGAGCUAGGAUACACGAUGUGACAGAGAGACUGCCGAGACUCAUCAAGCCCUCGGAUCGCUACCCCUUCCUGCUUCUCCACGUGGGCACCAAUGAUACUGCCAAGAAUGACCUUGAGCGGAUCACUGCAGACUACGUGGCUCUGGGAAGAAGGAUAAAGGAGUUUGAGGCGCAAGUGGUGUUCUCGUCCAUCCUCCCUGUGCAAGGAAAAGGCCGGGGUAGAGACCGUCGAAUCGUGGAAGUCAACGAAUGGCUACGCAGGUGGUGUCAGAGAGAAGGCUUUCGAUUCUUCGACCAUGGGAUGGUGUUCCAAGAAGAAGGAGUGCUAGGCAGAGACGGGCUCCACCUAACGAAGAGAGGGAAGAGCAUCUUCGCCAGCAGGCUGGCUAACCUAGUGAGGAGGGCUUUAAACUAGGUUCACCGGGGGAAGGAGACCAAAGCCCUGAGGUCAGCUCCCAGAUUGCUGCACUGGGCAGUACAGCCUGGGGAGAAGGUGACCAACCCUCUGUGGAGAAAGAAGUGGUUCGGGACUAUUUAGAAAAACUGGACGUGCACAAGUCCAUGGGGCCGGAUGCGCUGC